GUGUCACAUCAUGCCGAUCUCAAAGUUUCUUGACGCGUGCCACUCGCAUGUUAAGUGACACCACUUCGCAUCCUUUAUUUGCGCCCGUCUGUCCGAACUGAGCCAAGCUUUAAGUCGACUGUCUGUCCGUCCCUGUUGACCCACUGAUUGGUAUCGCUAUAGCUUCUUGUGCACCUGCAGCGAUCCCUUGUCUUUCUCUCUCUGCGAAAGUCAGUACUACUUACCGAAGGUAACCUCGCUUUGCUCGGUAUGGGCGGCACAAAACCAUGGUUAGAAGUCCCUGUGGGAAACAAGGACCACACAAGUGCGGCGGUCGUGAUCAUCGGGGCUGGUAUAUCUGGCAUGUGCAUGGCCAUUGAUCUGAUCAAGCGCAACAAGUGCCACAACUUCAUCAUCGUGGAGAAGUCUGCCAGUGUAGGCGGAACAUGGCACGACAACAAGUACCCUGGUUGCUGCUGUGACGUUUGGAGUAUGCUAUACUCCUAUUCGUUCGAGCAGAAUCCAGACUGGACACGCGAGUAUCCCGGCCAAGAAGAGAUCCUUGAAUAUCUCCGCAAUGUAGCGAACAAGUACCAACUCUACAAAUACAUCCGAUUCAACACAUCCGUUGAAGCUGCUACAUGGGACGAUAGCAAGUGCCGCUGGAAGGUCGACGUCAAGGUGAUUGGAGGCAAGGACGCCGAGUUCAGCUCAGGUUAUUCGAUCGAGAGUGACUUUUUGAUCUCGGCUGUCGGACAGCUCAACCAGCCGAGGUAUCCAGACAUCGAGGGACUGAACGACUUCAAGGGCAAGAUCAUACACAGUGCGAGAUGGGAUUGGAGCUACGACAUGCAAGGCAAGAAGAUCGGGGUCAUUGGAAAUGGAGCUACUGCCGCCCAAAUCAUCCCCGAAAUCCUCCCCGUCUCCAAAAACCUCACCAUCUACCAACGCUCACCCAAUUGGGUCACCCCCCGUGAAGACGGCCCCGUCUCCGACUUGCGCCGUGCAAUCUACCGCUGGCUCCCGCCCGUACGCUGGCGCGCACGCGCAGGUAUGAUGGACUUUCGCGAAUCCUUGCACGAAUCUGUGACAGACGGCGACUCAGCACUCGCAGACAUGCUGCGCACGUUGUGUAAAGAUAUGAUGCGGAAGCAGAUUCCUGAUCGCCCGGAUAUGUGGGAGAAGCUCACGCCGACGUAUAACCUGGGAUGUAAGAGGGUAAUCGUCAGCGACGAUUAUUAUCCUGCUGUUGCGCAUCCGAAGACGACGCUUGAGACGAACAAGAUCAAGCGCAUCACCGAAACAGGCAUCGAGCUUGAGAACGGUGAGCACCACGACCACGACAUGAUCGUUCUCGCCACCGGCUUCAGGACAGUCGAAUUUCUCUUCCCCAUCAAAGUCACCGGCACACACGGUCGCUCACUGGGAGAUGUCUGGUCCGGCGGCGCCAGCGCCCUAUACGGCACGACCGUCCCCUCGCUCCCCAACUUCGGCAUGUUCUACGGUCCCAACACAAACCUAGGCCACAACAGCAUCAUUCUGAUGAUCGAAGCGCAGUCCCGGUACCUGAAUACGCUCGUCUCCGCGGUCCUGGACGCCCGGAACCGCAACACUCGUAUCGGCCUGAUGCCCAAACAAUCAUGCACCGACUCCUUCAACGCCCGCAUCCAGUCCGUCCUCCAGAAGAGUUCGUUUGCAGAUCCGAACUGCGGCUCCUGGUACAAAAACAAAGACGGCAAGAUCACGAACAACUGGUCUGGCACUGUCAUCGAGUAUCAGGACAUGCUGAGUAAAGUCGACUGGGAGGACUUCGAGACUACAGACAGUCUUGGCGGGAAGAGGAGUGCGUCAAAGGUUGUUUUUGGCGAUGGGAAGAAGGAAAGCAGGAUUGGCCGCGUGCAUGAAGAGACGUUUGUUAGUAAUACGACGUUGGUGCUGGGCGCGGUUAGUGUGGUGCUCGCAGGGGCGGCGUGGUAUGCGGGGGUGAGGAGGAGGGUGAGGUUUGGGCGGUGAGAUUUGGAUGGUGGAAGGGAGGGUGGUCGGAUUCGUAUGGCGUGUACUUUGUAGCGAUCGAUUUGCGCGCUGGACUAU